AUGUCUCGCUUCUUAGACAGCAUUUCCACCAUCGUCACCGUCUUUCACAAACAUGCAAAGGAAGAUGGAGACUGCUCCAACCUCAGCCGAAGGAAGAUGAAAGAGUUCAUCCAGAGGGAGUUUGCAGAUGUCAUAGAUAAGCCGCAUGACCCUCAGACGAUUGACAAGAUUCUGCAGUUUCUGGAGUGGGAUGGUGAUGGGGAAAUAGAUUUUAAUGAGUUCCUGCUUUUGGUGUUCAGAGUGGCUAAGGCCUGCUACUGGUACCUCCCGAAGGGACCGUGCCUUCUGCAACGAACAAAGCUGACAACCAGUGGCAAGUCACUCCGAGAGCCUGAAAUUAAGAACAGAGGGAGCCGUCAGCAGCUCCAAGAGGAGGAACACCAAACUUGUGAGAGGAAUCAUUAUCUUCCCUGUGAACCUGAUCUGCAACGAGACACCAGGGUCAAUGAGCUUGAAACACUAGAGGAAACAGGGAGCCAACACCAGCAACGUAACACACAAAGCAGAAACGAUUCAAAACGAAGCAGCAAGCUGGGAGAGCCAAUCCCUCAGCUAUAUGAAGAACGAAGGCAAGCAUCAUGUGACCAACAGAACAGCCAAAGAAGACAUCAGCCACCAGAGCCAGACAGACAAGGAAACAUACAACGCCGCAAGCACGGCAGCUUGCAGUCACAUGAGCCUGGAUUGCAGGAAGAUGAGAGGCAAAAUCAAGAGAGGCCUCAGCCAGAACAACUGGCAGAUGUGAGAAGUUGCAGCCAGACCCAUGAAACUCAACCACGGAAAAACCAGUGGAGUAGCCAUCAGCGAUAUGAGCAAGCACUACCAGCACAUGAUCAAAAAAACCAGAGGCCACAAGAAGCAGACAGAGGAAGUCAAAAUCAGCCACGUAAGCCUGAAUUACUCACAGAAGAGAGAAGCCGCUACCACUGCCAUGACCAGGACAAAAAAGCACUUGAAGAGAGCAGCCACCAGCUACGUGAAUGCCUGGAUUCAAGACACCCACAUCAGUCAUACAUACAGGAACCGCUAGAACUUGACCUCAGUUACUAUGAGACCUGUGAGCGAGAAAGAGUUCUCUAUGAACACGGGAAGCACCAGGAACAUGAGCAUGAAUAUCCAGAAA